AUGGCAGACCUGCUCCUCCUUAUGCUUCCCUUGGCUCUUCUCUUCUUCCUCCUCCACCAUGCAUCGCCAAUCAAGGCCCUCCUCACGAGGGCCAAGUCGGUUCUAGCGCCAGAGCUCUCCACGGUGUGGAAGCCGCAGCCCGCUAGUAUCUUCGUCACCAACCACGAGACGGCGCAUAGCCUUCUCAUACAAAACACGCUCCCUAUGGUGAGCACCGGCGCACCAUUCGUCACAACCUCACAUCGGAGGUCCUUCACCCGACGCGGCUCCACCGCACUGCAGUGGAUCAUGGCCAACUUAGUGAAGCGCCCUGACAUACAGGAGGCCGUCCGGAGGGAGAUCGAUGCCGUCGUGAAUGCAGACGCCGACGAAGUGAGCGAGAAUGUUCUUGGGGAGCUGGAGUACCUACACACUGUGGUCAUGAAGACACUCCGGCUGCAUCCGCCGACGUCUUUUGCAUUCAGGCAGGUGAUGGAAGAGGACCAUGUGGUUCACAAUGGCCAGCGUAUUCCGGUGGGCACCAAAGUGUACUUCCCACUGGCGGCUAUAGCACGAGACAGCACAGCGUGGGACAACCCUGACGAGUUCAAGCCACAACGGUUCCUGGCCUCCAAAGGUGCAUCAGAAGGAACCGACAACACGAUCAAAAUGAUGCCUUUCGGUGGUGGUCGGAGGAUAUGCCCUGGCAGGGGUGUCGCGAUGCUGCACUUAAGCUACUUCACCGCCAACCUCGUGAGGGAGUUCCGGUGGAGGGAGGGAGAAGGUGAGCUUGCCGUCGAUCUCCAGCUGCAUGUUGAGUUCUUCACUGUCAUGAAGCGGCCAUUGUGUGCUCACCUAGAGCUUCGAGGAACAGAGAUCAAAACUAGAGUUAAUUAG